UUGAAAUAUCCCCUCUAUUUUGGGACAACUCUUUUCUAUAUCUAUUGCACGAAGCCGAACAUCUCAAGGGUACCAUGGUUAUGUUGAAGAUCUCUGCUUUCCUUGUUGCCUACGCUCUGAUUAUUUGCCAGAUGUACAGCUCUAAUGCAGCUCCCGCCAGGCCUGCACUGGAAUCAUCACCAGAUCGAACUACGCUUACCGACUACGAAGCGAGAAGAUUGCUGCACGCAAUCGUCAAAAAAUUCAUGCAGAUGACCGCGGAGGACAUGGAGCAACAGGCUGCUGAGGAAAACAGCUUGGGUAGACCUGUGUCCAAGCGCUGCUCCAGCCUCAGCACUUGCGUGCUGGGGAAACUGUCCCAGGAGCUGCACAAACUGCAGACAUAUCCACGCACCAAUGUAGGAGCGGGUACGCCAGGCAAGAAGCGCAGCCUGGAAGAGAGUGAUAUGUUGGCUGGAUACGGAGAGGCGCUCAAUCGUGUCUAAUCGGCAGCGGCUGUAAACCCGUGCUUGGCCCUGAUAUGCGAGUGCAUGUGGAAGUUUGCUUGCCUGAUUGACUUGAAAGAACAUUUUUUUCUAUUUUCUUUGGCAGAGUAGCAAAUCUAAGACAGACUCUGUUCCACUAAUUUCAUAUAGUCACUGGAUCUAUUUGGGUUAUAUAACUGAUUCAUGAAAUCGGGGAGCUCUCAUUGCUAGA